CCCCGGGAAUGCUGCUACUACUAGUGCUAGUGCAGUGCUAGCUAGCUAGCUGCUCUCAGAAGAGACUCAAGUCAAGAGAGUCUGACGUGUGCCAUGGAGUGAUGAAUGAUUCAAGCUAUCGCUUUGCCGCUUGCUCGCCAUGACAUGGGCCUUGCCACCGUCCUUUCCCAAGGCAUUCACCCAGCACAGAUCGACAGGACCGUCAGAUAUUCUGCUAGGUCUGCGAUUCUGAGUUCAUGCCUACUGCAGAGAGUGUAGCGCAUCCACUACAUGGCUCGGUAGCGUUGUUUCGUCAAAUAGACGGCUUGGUCAGCAGCUAGCGGUGGCAAUCAUUUCUCCUCCUCGUCAGCUACUAGUAGAUCUACUACAAUAAGCUUUCGAGUCGUGUAUGUUCAAGCAGUGUAAAACAUGAUGUAACGGCUUUGUUACGUCUCGGUUAGUGGCUGCUACUUUGCUCUUGUUUCUCGCCGUUCGCCGCACAUUUACCAAGUUCUCACAUUCACAGCGGAAAUGCAGGCACCGUCCUGGUCGGAAUAUGCCUGCUGCCCAGUGUGCAAGCGAUCCUAUGGCGAAGAGAGGCUACCAUCUAGCUUGCUGUGCGGCCAUUCGUUGUGCUCGCAGUGCAAGAAGCACCUGAAGCGUGGGGUUUGUCCUCUGGACAUGACCGACUUGCAGAUGGAUGUUGCGAAAAUACCUGUCAACAUGGCCCUGCAGGCUGUUGCUUUGAGGGACACGGACCCGUCAGAGUUUGCACGUCCAUCCUCGUUCGGUGAGCGAGUGGAUACACUCAUCCAUGGCGAGGAGCAGAACCUAAGAAAGUGUGUGGACGCCAACGAUUUUGAGAGCUUUCGGGUGGCUUGUAAGAACUUGGGCCGUGUAGCAGAGCACCUCCACCCAGCGGAUGCUAGGGCUGUUAGCUCUGGCUCAACGAAUGGAGGCAGCAAUACCCCACCGCCCAUGCAGACCAGAGCCUACUGGCCCAAGCUGUCACGUCCAAUGCACAAGAAACUGGCUGCACUGCUGCAAAGUCAGAUGGUGCACAAAGAGGGACGUCAGCGCUUGAUGAAGUAUUCCAGGUCUGUAGGUGAAAGAGCAUGCAUGGAGAUACUGCUGUUGCAUCAGAAUCAACAGGGCUUAGUGAAUGAUCUGUGGCAGGCUGUCCGUGCCUGUGGUGGGCAGUUCAUGGGACAUGUGCUUCAGGAGCAGAUCCUUCAGGCAAUUUUUCUCCUCACCUCCGAUCCACGCCACGCGCUCCAGCGCAAGAUCCUGGUCGAGUUUGUGCUACAGCGUCUUGCCAAGGAGUUUGACGCUGUGUCCAAGACGAACGUUGGACACGUUGUGCAGCUCAUGUAUCGCGCGUCGUGUUUUCAUGUGACGAAACGGAACGGCGAGGAAGUCUCCCAGCUAACGCUACGCGAAGACAUUCAGAAUUACAGUGAUUUUCGUGCGCGACACGACAUGCAGAUUGCCCAGAUCGCAAUGGAAAAGGGGCUUUACAUCACGCCGGAGUACUUUUCCUAUCUCCUGUAUGGAUCCUCUUCCAAGCGCGCACACAUGCAGUCGAUAAUGGACAAGCUGAUUACAAUGGAGUACUUCAAAGACAGCAUCGAGAAGGUUGUCCUUGUUGCAGCCAGUCAAGAUACAGAAGAAGCAAGCCGGAUUGGUCAACUCCGACCGAAGUUUGAUGUCUUGGAGAGCAUCACCCGUCGCAAAGAUGGGGACAUUGGCAUGGAGGAAGUUGGUCAGGUUUUGGAUUCCGUUGCCUGUGUCCUGACUGAGCUUGUGCGCCAUCCCAAGGUAAAGUUGCAUUGCCAGAAAACGGUUUAAUUUGAGGGUUGGCGUUUGCUUUGCGUGCAUUUAGUAGGUAGAAAAUCAACUAGCAUGGACCCCAAGUUAAGGCAGUGUGUGUAAUUCUACAUGAACUAAGGCUGCAGACAUUAGUUAGCACUUUGGUUAUGUUGCCUUCACACAUAGUCACACACACACACACACACACGCACACACACACACACACACACACACACACACACACACACACACACACAUACCCACGCACGCACGGUACGGUGCAUUCAUAACUUCAUAAGAUCCCAUUGCUGAAGAACAGCAUGACAUCAUCUUUAUUACACCUUCUAUCUGACUAAUGGUCUUCUUUGCCUGUUGUGUUUCUGCCUUGUGUUGUUGUUGUUGUUGUUGUUGCUGCUGCUGCUGCUUCUGCUGCUGCCGCUGCUGUUCUUGUUGCUCUUGUUGUUCUUGUUGUUGCUGUCCUGGGCAUGGCUGUUUCCUUCUACCCAUGAUGUUGAUGUCUUUUCAGUACAAGGGCUGGAUUGAACAGAUUCGCCAUAAAACCAAGGGAUCGACCAAAGUGGGCAAGACUCAAGCGAUCAGCUCCCGUUCUGCUGCUCCAACGGAUGACCUGCUCCCACGUGGUGGAGGCGGGCGUUCGCGUGACCCUGC